AUGUCGGUCCGCGUCUUCCUCAAUAAGCCCCAUGCCCAUUUCACCAAUCUCGACUACAUUACCGGAAAGGCAGUCCUCACCUUACCGUCCGAUACGCCCAUCACGCUCAUCGUCGUAAAGCUAGAGGGCGAGAGCCGCACCCGCCUUGCUGGUCCGAAAUACCCUCAUAGUGAGCGUUCUGAUAAAAAGAGAACGGAAAUCGAGUCACACAAGCUUCUCUACAAAGUCGAGACCCUCUUUCCUACCCCAGAGCUGCACCCCCACGCCACACCGAGCACGUACUAUACGCUCUCCGCUGGCACAUAUGAGUAUCCUUUUCGUUUUAAAUUUCCAUUUAACAAUGAUUGCGUUAAUAACAAUUUGGCGUCGAACCUCAACAUGGCUGGUAUAAGGCUCGAAGUUGCUCGUGAUGUCAAUCGGCACGUCAAGAAGACCCUACCUCCAUCGCUCAGUGGGUUCCCGGGUGAAGCGGAAAUUAGAUAUUACGUCAAAGUCACUGUUGUGAGACCACAGUUUUAUAAAGAAAACUACAGAGGAUUUGCGGAUUUCAAAUUCCUACCCAUCGAACCCCCUAGGAAGAAGGAGCUGGAUAAAGAAACAUUUGCCCGGCGACAACAUCAAUUCGCCAACAUCCGUCCUGUGCCGGAAGCGAAGAGCUUUUUUCGGAAGAAUACCAGCGCAAGCCCAAUCGAUACAGGCCCGCCACCCAAGUUCUCUGUGGAUGCUCGGUUGCCCAGUCCAGCCAUACUCACAUGUAGCGAGCCGUUGCCAUUGAGGGUACUGAUAAAAAAGCUGGGGGAAUUUCCUGAAACGCUCUAUUUGCAGUUAUUCCAAAUAGAGUUGAUUGGGUAUACGAGCAUUCGUGCACACGAUCUCUCCCGCCGGGAAAGUAGUAGCUGGGUGAUCCUUAGUCGCAGUAACAUGAACAUACCGCUCGGCAACUUCAACGACCCUGUUGGAAAAGAAUGGAAAGUGGACUCUAGAAUGUGGAAUCAGAUUCCGCUGCCAAAUUCAGUGGCACCGUCUUUUGAUACCUGCAAUCUCUCGAGGACUUACGAGCUAGAAGUGCGCGUAGGCAUUUCUCGCGGAUCUCAUGGGACGAUGAAGCCGGACCUUAUUGUCCUUCCACUUCGGAUAUCUGUCAAUGUUUACUCCGGUGUGGCCCCACCCACAGCACUUUUAGAAGCCAUGGGAAUAUCUGGGGUCACCACUGCAGUUUCAUCGAACAUACCACCUCCCCCUCAGCCGCCCCGCCCGGCAGCACCGGCGGCGGCGGUAGCGGCACCUCCGUAUACCGCUCCACCGCCACGAGUGGAGGAAUAUGAGGAUGCUCCGCCAAGCUAUGAGGAUGCAAUGGCGGAAGCUCUUGGGCCAGUGGACGGCCCGAGGCGCGAGUAUAACCCACUAGAUGCUGCUGUUUCUGGAAACUUCUCGCAGACAGGGACUGAUGCUCAGGGUUCAGUGGUUGAUUCCAAAGAUAACGACCGUUUAUUUCCUAAUAGCGGGCCUUUGAACGUGUCAACAGACUCGUUCGACUAUUACCAACUCGGCCCAGCCGAUGGAUUUGGAAGCGCAAGCUAUUCACGGCCCCCGCCACCGGGUUCCCUACAGGAACAUAGCGCUUUCCCUCCGCCAACAUCCCCGCUCUCUGGUAACCAAAUACUUCCUGUUGCUCCCUUGUCGCCAUCCACGGAAGAUCGCCCGGAAUGGGCCCAAAGGAGGGUGACCCCACUAGGGAUGCCGAGCCGGAAGCCCGUUCCAGGACCCAACGAUUCAGCACCUCACACGCCGACCUCUCCUCGGUAA